CAGGAAGUGACGUACAGUCCAGAGGCGGAAGUCGCUUUCUGUGAUCGGAAAUUAGCUGUUUCCAAGGGGAGCGCCGGGCUGGGCGGAGAUGGGGACUCCCUUGGUGGCCAGUCGGGGCCGGCGCUUCAAGUGGGCCAUCGAGCUGGGCGGCCCGGGCAGCGGGGGCAGGGGCCGCAGCGACCGCAGCAGUGGCCAAGGCGAAUCCCUCUAUCCCGUGGGCUACUCAGACAAGCAGGUCCCUGACACCAGCGUCCAGGAGACCGACCGUAUUCUGGUGGAGAAGCGGUGCUGGGAUGUGGCGCUGGGGCCGCUGAAGCAGAUCCCCAUGAACCUCUUCAUCAUGUACAUGGCUGGGAACACCAUCUCCAUCUUCCCCACAAUGAUGGUGUGCAUGAUGGCCUGGCGCCCCCUGCAGGCCCUCAUGGCCAUCUCUGCUACCUUCAAGCUGCUGGAGAGCUCCAGCCAGAAGUUCCUGCAGGGGCUCGUGUAUCUGAUCGGGAACCUGCUGGGGCUGGCGCUGGCUGUCUACAAGUGCCAGUCCAUGGGGCUGCUGCCCACCCACGCCUCCGACUGGCUGGCCUUCAUCGAGCCCCCUGAGCGGAUGGAGUACACAGGCGGGGGGCUGCUGCUGUGACCAACACCCCUUGCCCCUGGAGUGAUCGCAGGUUUUCCAGGAGGACCUGGAGUCUCUACACCUCCUGCUGGGCUUUGAGCCCCACUACCCUCUCCUAGCCUUCCACCUCCUGGGGUGGGGGAAGAGGCGGGCAAAUAAAGCUGCUGUGCAGAGGUGCCUCCAAUACCUGCUCUGGGGGGUGGGAGGCAGAGUGCACCCAACAGGCACAAUCUGGAUCUUCCCUCCCAUGUGCAAGUCCCAGCCCUUGUGCUCUCCCCUUCUCCCCCCCUCCCCUGCCUUCCAGCCCCCACAGCUACACUUAAUGUAUAAAAUUUUAUUCUUUACACAUUUCUGGUACAGAGCAAAAAAAAAAAUCCCUCCUCACCCCCAAUACUGUAAACUGGGGCUUGACCCCCAAUAAAUUAAAAGCCCCACUCCCCCCAAAGAUCAAGUAGUGGCUGCCAGGCCCUGCCUUCCAAUUGAAGCUGUAGGGGGAGAGGAGAUUGGAUUUGCCUGUUUCAAGGCUGCCCUGGGGGUCAGCGUCUCCAGAAACCGCUUGUCUAGCCUGCCAUGAUUAGUGCUGAGAGACAACAGCAGCUGGG